AUGGAAACUCAAAGAUCCCAUAAGAAAGAGCUGGUGAAGGGUAAAACUGGCGACAGGCAAAUUGACAUCAAAGACAAACCAGCGAUAACAUCUACAUUGAGAGACCUGGUGAAGGGGAAACCUGAUGUCAGACCGGUGGACAUUGACUACGACAGAGAAAAUGACAGACCAACUUCAUCCCGUGCCUUGACAGACCUGAGAAGAGCAUGGAGCAAAGACAUUGAGUUCACAGAAUUAGCAAAGAAACCAGAAGAGGUUGCAGAUGAGGACAAAUUAUUUUGCUUAUCUUUAGUAAACGAAAUAAAGAAAAUACCCGAACAUAAGCGCCUUAGAGCCAAGAUCGACAUUUAUAAUUUAAUAGCACAACACCAAAACCCUUCUCAUUCUCCUUCAUGUAAUUACUCGUCUAAAAACUAUUGGGGCUCUCAACAUUAUUCAUCUGGUUACGGGUACAGUACUAGCGGACGAGAUAAAGCACCAGUAACGCCGUCUUCAGUUGCCACCAGCAAUUAUGAGUUGCCACCAACUAGAAUUGUUUACUGA